AUGGGGACUAACCGCACUCAGCCUCGCAAGAGAGAAGUAUCUAAUGCAGAAUUCAGACAGUACAUUCAUAUACUCAAAAAUUUGGUAGCCACACAGACUCAACGAUCAGAAGAUAUUGGGUCUACAUCUGUUAUGUCUGAGGCUACAAGAGUGGGCCAGCUCAUGAGGAUGAACCCACCCGAGUUUACUGGUACCAAGGCAGAAGAGGAUCCGCAGAAGUUUGUGGAAAAAAUAGAGAAGAUCUUUAAAGUGAUGCAUGUAGAUGAGGGAGCAAUGUUGAAUAGGGACAUGGAUUUUUCCAAACUGUCAGUCCACAUGCAGCAAGUUGAGAAGAAGAAGAAGAAGAUCACUAAAUCUAGGGAGAAGGACAGGCAGCCAGGCCAUAUCCAAAGAGACUGUCCUUCAGCAAGGAGUAUUGUUGGAGGGGCCAAGUCACAGGCGAAUUCUUCUGUACCACCACCACCUCAGAAGGGUGCCACCUCAGCUGCCAGAAAUGGACGCAAUUGGUUGUACGCCUUGACCAACCGCCAGGAGGUAGAGGCCUCACCAUUUGUAGUUAUCGUGGGAGAUUCUUUUGUAUCUAGAAGGGUGUAUAGGGAUUAUGUUGUGACUGUUUAUGGUUGGGAUAUUAUGGCAGACCUUAUAGAGCUUGAGAUGGUUGACUUUGAUGAAAUCUUAGGAAUGGACUAA